CAGCUGCUACUCCCCUUAACGAGCAAUGCUGACAACGUUCGACAACAAAAAUUAUUCCAAAUUGUUAUUUACAUCAACAAAAAGUUCAAAAUAAGUGCUUCUAAACGAUGCAGCCAGAAGGGUACCCAGCCAGGCGCAGACAUGUACCGGUAUUAGUGCACGAAUACGAAGCAAGUGAACGAAAUGUCAAACGAGUGACUCGAUUCUUGUUGGAUACUGGCGUACAGGGAAUGUUCGAUUUGACAAACGCGGUUUUCCGUUUAACUUAUUUUUGAAUUUUUAAAUGAAUCCACAAGCACGCUUGUUUAGUUCAACUAGUUACUCAACGGUUUCUUUCAAUUCUUAAAUUCACAGAUGCUUGGAACGACCGUCCUGCUGGACGGCGGGAAAGAGCCACACGAGGAAACCAUUCACUCAUGUUACGUCUGUAACACGGCAGUAUCGAACACAAUCAAUAAUCUCCAGCAGCUGUUUGCGCAAAUAAGCGAAGACGAUGAAUCGCUCAGCCCUGCCACAGUUCUUGGCAACAUUUUGCAGUUCGAUAUAACACCGGAGUUGUCCCACUCGCAGGUACUUUGUACCGACUGUAACGCACUGUGCGACGAGUAUCAGCAGUUGAUAGAUCGGCUGGAUGCGAUUAAACUUCAGUUAACGGUGAGUUACAACAGCACGGUAACCAAGUUGGCGGCUAGUUUAACAGCCCGGGAGUUGAUUGAGGCAGAAGCGGAAGCGCUGGAAGAUUCCAAUGUGUCUCAAGGACUACAGGAUGUAGAUCCCAAAAUGAAUGAUAUUCCACUUGGAGAUUUAACCGCUGUAGCCAUAUCGGUAGGUGACAUAGACUCCGAUGGGGAAACGCUUCACGAAGCGCAAAUAAUCAGUCACCUGCCAGAACAAAGCCAAUUUUGUCACGUUGGAGAUUCGAUGGUAAAAAAUUCGCGCUCUAUCGUCAAAGUUCCCCAGCAGUCGACGACCGACGUCAACAGUACGGUGACAUCCGUCACGGAUAAGCCGUACGUUGACAUUUGCGAGGCCCCGUCGUCGGCCAUAAAGAUGGAACACUUCUUCGACAGUGGCGACGGCAAUAUGGUGGAAAUCAUUGCAGACAGUAACUCGACAGACUACAUUUACGACAGCGUUAUCGAAACUAUCGGUAUCGUCUCCGAGGAAGAGGAUCCCAGCGGAAGCGAUGAUGAAAGCACGGCUCAACGGCAAUUAUCGCUGAAAGAACGGGCAUUCGGCUCGGAGAGUGAGCCAGACAGUGCCCAGAUAUUGAUUGCAGCAGCCAACGAUAGCCUCAAUCGAAUGAAAGCCCGGCUUAAAUCGCUUUUCUUCAAAACCAACAACAACUACUAUUGCGCCCUAUGCAAAGCUGCCGAUGGUCCAUCGACGGCACACAAUGUGAAAACCGUUGCAUUGCAUCUGAAAACCGACCACAAGGAGAAGAUCCUAAUUUGCGAGCACUGCGAUGCCGUGUUUCAGCGUCGUACCGAGUACAACGAACAUCUGGACCAGCAUGCCGCUGCGGAGCACGUGGGUUUUCGCUGUGACCUCUGCUCGACCACAUUCAACAACAUUCGCGCCCUGCGGAUGCAUCGGAAAAAUCACUUGGGUCCUCCAAAGGUAUGGGGCUGUGAGGUGUGCCAGAAAAAAUACAGUUCGAAAAAUUUACUCGAUGAACACAUGAACAUGCAUUCCGGAAAGCGACCAUUCAAAUGUUCACAUUGUCCAAAGGAUUUUGCAUCCAAGUACACUCUGGCCGCACAUACGAAGAUUCAUCAGGAUCGCGAGAGGGUCUUCAACUGCAGGGAAUGUGGUAAAGGUUUCUAUAGUCAGAGCAAUCUGCUGCAACACGAAAAGAUUCACACUGGAGUGCGGGAUUACGCCUGCUCGGAUUGCGAAAAAACAUUUAUGUCUCAGCAUAACCUCGACAUUCAUCGAAUCGUGCACAUGAAUUAUAAACCUUUUGUCUGUCGUACCUGCGGUAAAGGCUUCGCCAGGAAAGCCGAGAUCAAAGAUCACGAAAGAACACAUACAGGAGAGCGUCCGUUUGUAUGUGACAUUUGUGACGCCAGCUUUUCACAACGAUCGAACCUGCAGUCACACAAGCGGGCAACACAUUUCAACGACCUCCGGUACAGUUGUGACAUGUGCGGCCGACGAUUUAAACGUCGACGACUGCUCGACUACCACAUAAAAGCUUGCCAUACCGGAGAACGGCCAUACAAAUGUGAAAUAUGCUCGGCAACAUUUGUCUAUCCGGAGCACUUUAAAAAACAUCAGAAAAUUCACACCGGCACGAAACCUUUUGCAUGCGAGGUUUGCAAUAAAACGUUCAACAGUCGGGACAACCGUAACGCCCACCGAUUCGUUCACAGCGAUAAAAAGCCGUACGAGUGCGUGACCUGUGGAGCUGGUUUCAUGCGCAAACCACAACUGUAUGCGCACAUGCAACAGCGAAGCCAUCUGAAUGACACUAUCGUAGUCAAUCAACCCAGAAUUACAAGCGAAGACUUGCUGGAGUUUGAUACUACCACGGACUCCAUUGGAGAUCCGGUGGAAUUAGAUCUCAAAAAUGGAAUUAUUCUGGAAGAGGACGCGGAUGAAUACUUUAUAGAAGAAGAGGACAUCGACACAAUUGAUGAACACGGUGAAGUAGUGCUAGCGACCAGCUCAAGCCAGACACAAUUGGAGCUAGAAAAUGCAGUUGAACUAACGAACUCGACCGCUUUACUCGCAACCACCGAGGAAUUCAUCGACGAAUCGGGCAUCAUUAGCCAUGACGGUGAAGAGUUGCAGUUGGUUAAGCUGCAACUUACUAGCUCUAACGGAAAGGAUGGCAUUACCUGGGUGAACCUGGUACCUCAAUAGCUAUUGCCGUGUUGAUAAUAUAGUUAUACGAAAAUUGC